AUGGCAUCGCCACAUGUUGUCAGGAUGGAAGAAAUAUCUCUGGGAGAUGAUGAGCGAGGCAGCAUAGAAUACAAGAUCCUGAUGGCCUAUGCCCAGCGGCGGUUGUCUGUCAGGAAAUAUGGAACACUCCUGGAAAACGAGGCUAAUGUGUGGAAACCAUCACCCUUAACAAAAAGAAAAGUAAAGCUGGCCCAUCAAAGGGAUACAGAUGGACCAAUCCCAAGAGCAGUUUAUGAGGGUGGCGUGGUGAAAAAGCAGAGCAAAGAGCAACCAAAACAAAAACCUAGUACUUAUCCAUUCCACACAUGGAUUCGCUGCAGUGGAGUAAGUGAGGAAGUGGACGAUACACCCAUGUCAGGAGUAUUGAAGCUUCAGGGGCCUUCUGAAGAGACAUCUCAGCAUCAGACAACCUCUGUGCAGUUAGCUGCUGCUCAGAGAGCAGAAAGGGGUAGUACCAUGUCACUUGUCUCUCCAAAUUAUUAUCAGCUGAGCUUAAGCAAUAGCAAAGCCCCAGCAUGGGGAAAUGUGUCUCUCAGUAUCCUCUGGGCACUUCCACCUCAGGGAGAAACAAGUACAUCACUGAAUUAUUUCCUGGAAAGAUUAAUUGCCUCCUUUCUUUCCCACCCUCUUUCCCAAUCAGGUGAAACAGCAGAUGUCAGCCACAUUGCAGACAAGCUUGUCAAGCUUGUUACUUCCAGACCCCAGGAAACUCCUUCAGAUGUGUCAUUCAGGACACUUGAUGCCAGAAGUGAGGAAGAUGAUGAUGACAAUCUUCCUGGUGGAAGUGAGGGCAAAGAACGUGAUGAAGACAAGAUAAUUCAAGAAAUAGUUUCACUGUUGAUACAAGAAGGGGAUCGACUAGACAAAGAGAUCAAAAAAGACAAGGUUUUAUAUCAGCAUUUUAAUGAGAUGCUCUCCUACCCCUUCUUCAAGAAGAUCACUGAUUUGUUCCUGAAGGGUGUCGUAGCAGAUUCAACAACUAAGCCAGGAGACCAACUGCAAUGCACAAAAGUUGCCUUUACAAUGGAAGUCACCACCAGACUUAUUGCUCUGGACUACCAUCCUAUGAACCUGGUCUUGGGCUUUGGAUACAAGUACCUCAUAGACCAUUUCAAGCCAUGGAUUCAGGACCGUGGUGGCUGGGAGAAGGCUUUGACUUCACCGGAUGAGGAAGAAGUAGAGUAA